AUGUUUCCGCGUCAGCCUCCGCCUGCCAGCGGUGCGACUGCGGCACCGCACUCGGCGGACACGUCAACACAUACCAGAGCCCCUGAGCACUCACUCCUGCGGGGCGGAACACUUCGCUCUCCGCAACCAGUUCUCCGGCCGCCUGUCCCUCCCUUGGUUCCCCCUGGCUGUGCUGAACUCUGCGCCCGCCUGACGCCUCCCUCAGUCCGGAAUCCCGAUGUGUGCGCAGUGCGCAACCGACUAAGCGCAGACGGAGUAGUUCCUUCGGCAGCCGUUAACCUGACCGCAUGGCGAAUGGAGCUCGCGCGGCUGCUCAAGACGAGUAGAUACGCCAUGGUGUACACCGGCGCGGGUAUCUCCACGUCAGCAGGCAUUCCGGAUUAUCGGGGGCCGAACGGCGUGUGGACGCUGCGCUCUAAGGGCAUUCAAGUCAAAGAGCCGAACUUUCUUCAGGUGUCGCCGACGCUGAGCCACUUUGCGAUCACGGCGAUGGUGCAGGCGGGCGUCGUGCGACACGUGGUGUCACAGAACAUCGACGGGCUGCACCGGCGAUCUGGGCUGCGGUCGCAGGAAAUCAGCGAGCUGCACGGUAACUUUUGUCGCGAGGUGUGCGCGCGCUGCGGCGCGGAGUUUUUCCGCGGAUACUCGGUGUGGAAGGGGCUCACGACGGCGCGCGGGUCGACGCAGGAGGACGCGAAUCGCGCGGCGAAGAUCCUGCUGGAGCGCACAACGGGGGUGGUGGCGGACGGGGGGAAGAAAGAGGGGGAGAGGGGGGAGGGAUCCGCGCGGAAGGAGAAGGCACGGGGGGUUGGAAGUGGGGGGAAGGGUGGAGGAGGUGGUAGUGCUGCGCUGAAAAAGCGGAAAAGGAAUGAUAAAGGAGAAGAGGCGGCGAAGCGGAAGGCGAAGAGAGCGCGAAGCGCGAGAGCGAGGAGAUUUGUUGAUAGCGAGUCGGAGAGUAGCGAGGAUGAGGAGGAAGAGGAGGAGGAACAAGAGUCAGAGGAGGAAGAGGAAGAGGACGAGGAAGAAGAGGAGGAAGAGGAGGAUGAUGAGGAUGAGGAUGAGGAGGAGGAGGAGUUGCAGUUCGACCAUCGGACGGGGAGGAUGUGUGAAGUGGAGGGGUGCGGAGGGGAGCUAGAGGAUUGCGUCGUGCUGUUCGGAGAGUGCCUUCCCAACGAGCCGCUGAAGUCCGCGAAGCGCCACAGCGACCGCGCGGACGUGGCGCUGGUGAUGGGGUCGAGUCUGCGCGUGGGUCCCGCGUGCAACUUCCCCGCCAGUGUGCCGCGCCACGGCGGAAGGCUCGUGAUCAUCAACCUGCAACCCACCCCCAUGGACGCGCGCGCGGAGCUUGUGAUUCGAGGUCAAUGCGACAAGGUGAUGCACAUGUUGCUACUGGAGCUGCGACUCACGCCCCUCCUGCACUCCCUGCGCCGCACACACGCCCCACCCCCACCUCAUCCGCAACCCCUAAGCCCCUCCAAGCCUCACCUCAAGCCCGAGUCAAAACCACAACCACAACCAUCUUCAGCAGUAGCAGCAGCAGCAGCGGCGGCUUCUUCGCAGUCUCACCCUCUUUCUCCCACUGCUCGAUCCGUCGGUAGUGGCAAGGCAACGGGGGGACAGAGAGAAGUGGGAAAGGACGGGAAGAAACGGACGAAGGAGGCGAGUGGGGGCGAUGGGAAGGGCAAAGCCGCCGGGAAGGGCAAGCGGGGCAAGGAGAUAAGUCUUAGCUUGGAGUGGCCGAGUGUGGGGCCUGUUUGUGGUUCAGUGCCCAGGCGUGGGAGAGAGACAGACGGCCGUGCUGGUAGUGGUGCUAAAGUUGCUGCUGCCGGUGGUAGUGCUGGCGUUAGAGAGGCUGACAAGGACGCGUGCUGCAUGGAUGAGCAGAGGAUCGAGGAAGCUUGUAGGGAGGACAAGGGCAUUGGCGGUUUGGAAGGUGGGAGUAGCGUCCAGCCGUGCGGGGCGGAGGAGGCGGAGGAGGCGGAGGAGUUGGAGGAGGAAGAGGAGAAAUUGAAGGAGAAGGAGAAGGAGGAGGAGAAGGAGGAGGAGGAGGAGCAGAAUCAGGAGAAGGAGAAGGAGAAAGAGGAGCAGGAGAACGAGAAGGCCAAGGAGGAAAAGGAGGAAGUGGAGGACGACGAGGCUAAGAACCACGUGGGCGAGAAUCACGAGGGUAGCAUCCACGCGGAAGACAGGCACGAAGGAAAGAGUGAUAAGGAAAGGCGCGUUGAAGCAAGGAGCGACGAGCGAGGGAACGUAGAUGGUGGUUGCGGUAGUGGCGUUGAUGGUAGGAGUGCUGGAGGAGUAGCUGGGGUGAUGAAGAGCAACCAGAGUAGGGAUGAAGAGAGGGAAUCGGACCGGGGAAGGGGAAAGGAGAUGGGGAGCGGAAAUCAGUUGGGGAUGGGAAAGGAGACGGGAAGCGGAAAGGAGAAAGAGGCUAUGGAGGGAAGGGAGAGGUCACGAGAGAGGGAGGGCGGAGAGGAGAGGGGAAGGGAGAGGGAGGAUAGGGAGAGAGUGAGAGAGAGGGAGAGUGUGAGGGAGAAGAGGAGGGAGUGGGGGGAGGAGAGUCGGAGGGACUUAGGUGCAUCAUUUGGCGCUGAACGAAGUGCAAGCGGCAUAGUUUCUAUAGGCCUCCCAUCCCUCUCUUCUCCACCCCAUGCACACAUCAUCUCCAAAGCCAGCUCUCCACCUCAUGACGAGGCGCCCCUUCCUCGCUCCUCAUCACCUUCACGUGAACAGCAUCAGCAGCAGAAUCAGUACCAGCAGUACCACCGCCAGCGCUCUCAGCACGUCUCUGCCACCCUGAAUCAACCUUCCCCGCUCUCAUCUCCCCCCCUCGCCCCAUCUCGUCCCUCCACGCACUCCCCUCCUCCACCUCACCCGCUCUCUCCAACGGGCCCUCGAGCACGGGAUAAAAGGUCAGGAGCGCAUGGUGCUUGGCAGGAUAAUUUGCAGAGGGGAGUUGAUUCGACAUGGGGGACCAAGGGUGAUGCAGAGGAGUGGAAGCAGGUUGGUUGUCGUCUGGGGAUGGAGCAGUGUACAGAGCAGUCAAAAGCUAUUGACAGCUCUUCGAAGGGCGUUUUUGCUUGGGAGAGGGGUGAUGUGGUUGAGGGGGAGUGUCAGAAGAAGCAGAAAGUGGAUGGCAUGGAUCUCCUUGGUUCCAGGCGGGAUGGGGAGCUAAUAUGGGGGUGUGAUGCCCUUCAGAUUCAUGAGCAGCCGGUCAAGUGUGUGCUUGCCUCCUCUCCGGUCAGUCCAACUGCCAGUAUUGCAUUUCUCUUUGCAGGGUCGUCCACUUGCCUUCCUCAAUUGGUUUCAGGGAAAAGGACUGCUCUCUCCAGUCGCUGCUCGCAAUGCCGGCCCGUGGCGGUCGCGAGGAGGUCGUUCACCAGCGUGCGAUGCGCCGUUGCCACUGAGGCGAGCAGCAGCAGCAGCAGCGCCUCGAGGCCAAUUUGGCUCCCUGGCAGCACGGCUCCGGCUUAUCUCGACGGCUCGCUUCCCGGCGACAAUGGGUUCGACCCGCUGGGACUGGCGGAGGAUGCGGAGGCUCUGCGGUGGUACGUGCAGGCGGAGCUGGUGCACUGCCGCUGGGCCAUGCUGGGCGUCGCCGGCGUGCUCGGCACUGAUUUGCUGACCACUCUGGGCCUCGCGGACCUCCCCGUGUGGUACGAGGCGGGUACGGCGCACUACGACAUCGCCAACGCGCCCACUCUCUUCGCCGUGCAGUUCAUCCUUUUCAACUUUGUGGAGCUGAAGCGGUGGGCGGACUUCAAGGCGCCGGGGUCGCAGGGGCAGGACGAGGCGUGGUUCCUGGGCAUUGAGCCCGCCUUCCUGGGCACGGACAACGGCUACCCUGGAGGUCCUCUCUUCAACCCCUUCGGCCUGGCAGCUGAUGCAGUGACAGGGCACAAGGCUCGUGAGCAGGAGCUGGCAAAUGGGCGUUUGGCGAUGGUGGCAUCUGCAGGGCCUUCGGGAGCAGAGGGGGACUCAACUUUAAGCCCUCCAUCUACUUCUGGUUCGGAAGUGGUUCACUCAAUUAAGUCUGGUCCAUCUACAAGAGCAACAACUGUUACCUUCAAGAAUGCGACAACUGAUACUAUCCAGGCGUUCUGGAUUGAUUACGACGGCAAGGAGGUGGCUUACGAAAAGAUAAAGCCAGGUCAGACGUAUCGUCAGCGUACCUUCGUGUUGCACCCGUGGGCCUUCCGUGAAUGCGCUUCAAAUGAGCCUCUCGUAGUCGGGAAGAAGCUGGUCGCACUCCCUGAAGACACUGAAGAGAGUGAAAUGGUGAUUGUCAGGCCAGGAUCUAUCAGAUGGAGCCCCGAAACCCACAAUCGCUUUCCGGAAGCAUUCAGGGAAAGCGUGAAGGCCUUGCUCCUUUCCUACCAGUGGUGCCAUGUCAAAUCGGAAUAUCCGGAACACCCUUGGACCCAAGACCGCCUGGGAUUGCACAUGUCUGAGCUUCCUCUGGACGUAAUUCACACGCUUGUUGAGAUGGCCGCACCUGAUGUUCUUGACAUCGACUACUGA